AUGGCGGUUCAUUUGUCAGUCGGGAGGAUCGUCUGCGAUUUUCUGGUUCUUUUUGCUAUUGGUAGGUUGGUUUUACCCUGUCCUAUCUUACUAUGUCUUAAUUUACUCUACCCUACCCUACCCUACCCUACCCUACCUACCCUACACUACCCACCCUAUCCUACCCUACCCUACCCUACCCUACCUUACCUUACCCUACCUUACCCUUUAUUCUUACCUAUCUCCUCUCUCGUUUUUUGUUCUUAAAGUUGCCAUUUUUCAGCCAUUCCUCUGUUGAUCUUCCACGAAUGGGUAACACCGUACAAACGAGGCUUCUACUGUGACGAUGAAUCCAUUCGAUACCCCUACCGAGCUUCUACCGUAACUCGACAAGCCCUUAUUGUUAUUGGCAUUCUAAUCCCAACUCUACUCAUUUUAUUCACCGAACUCUUCCGAACAUUGGCAUGGGAGAGGAAACAAACACAUCUGUACAGAACGUACGAAUACAAGGACAGGAAUGUACACAGGUUCAUUGUUAGGUUGUACACUUUUAUUGGUAAGCGCAAUUUUUUUGGAAGAGGGGAGAUUUUGUAUAGGUUAGUGGGAGGGGGUAUCCCUUUUUUGGGCUUGUGGGGGGGGUACCUUUUUUAGGCUUGUGGGAGAGGAAUUUUUUUUAUAUGUCAGGAGAGGGUAAAAGGCAUAUUUUUGUUUGUGGUUGGUUUUUUAAACGUAUUGGAUGAUUUUACGGCUUUUUCCUGAUUUUCAGGCUUUUCGUGGUGGGACCCAAAUUGUAGUCUUUCUAAAAUCUGUUGUUUUAAAAUUUGCUGUUACAUAGGUAUAUUGACUGUCAGGAAUUGUGUUUUAGGUAUAUUAUCAUGAGUUUUGCAUAUUUUCUUGAUUUUCAGGGUUUUCGUGGUGAGACCCAAAUAAGAUUUUUUUUUGGAAAUUUAAUUUAUUAUGAUGUUAAAAAUAGAGCCUAAAAGGUUAAUUUUUCUAUUUUUUUAGUUUUUUUUUAUUUUCAGGCGUUUUCUCUGAUUUUCAGGGUUUUGGUGGUGGGACCUUUUUUAAAAUUUAUUUUUUGACUAUUUUUAUUUUCUAUAGUAUUAAAAACGAAUUUAAAAAUUUUUUUUAUUAAAAAUUGUAAAAUACGACAUGGUGAAGUAUUGAAUUUUAGGCUACUUCUUCGUGGGAGUCUGUUUCAACCAGUUGAUGGUGGAUAUUGCCAAGUACACUAUCGGCAGACAUCGACCACAUUUCAUGGAUGUCUGUAAACCAAACAUUGGCUAUGACAACUGUAAUACCGUCUUGAGACAAUACAUUACCGACUUCCAGUGCACAGGCUCGGACAAGUAUCUUAUCCAUGAGAGUCAACUGUCCUUUUACAGUGGUCACGCUGCCUUCUCUUUCUAUGCUGCUUGGUACACUAGUGUAAGUUGGUACUAAGGGGCGGAUCUCGUGUAAAAUACGUUGGUUGUAAUACAUUGGAUUUGUACAUGGAAAAAUUUGUAUUUUGCAUUUUGAACGAGAUCUUCAAGGUUUUCGUGGUGGGACACAUAAGUAAGGAGAAGAUAUAAAUUAGGGUAUUAUAAUGUAGAAUUGGCAUCUAAGACUGUAUGUUUGUUUAAUUGUUCAAAGGAAUCGAUUUAGACUAUAAAAUUAAAAAUUCAGGUUUUCGUGGUGGGACUCAGAAACCAUGAUAAAAAAUAUAUUAUUUUGGAUAAUACAAACAUUAUAAGGGUAUUUAAGACUGUAUUUUUGCCCAGUGUUUAAAAGAAGUGGAAUUUAGGUCAAAAAAUUGAAAAUUCAAGUUUUCGUGGUGGGACCAAAGAUUUUUCAAAAAAUUUAAAAAAAUCUGACAGAAAUUGCUUUUUAUAGGUUCAUAUAAUCUAAAAAUGCCAAAAAUUUUAGUUCUAUCUUCAAGCCCGACUCUACCGACCGCUGAUUUCCCGUCUGGUCCUACCGGUCAUUCAAUUCUCACUGUUUGGCGGCGCUGCUUAUGUCGCCUACACACGAGUCAGCGACUACAAACAUCACUGGAGUGACGUGCUGGUGGGAUUGUUGAUGGGUUCGGCUAUUGGAAUUAUUAAUGUAAGUUUUUUUUCACAAUUUUAAAAAAUUUUAGAAAAAAAACUUUUUGGUGCUAAUGGUACCGCUGGUACUGCGUUUCUGGUACUAAUGGUACAGUUUUUCAAUAAUUUUUGCUCAUUUUUAAAAUUUUGGAAAUUUUACUUUCGAAAUUUUUUAGUACUAGUGGUACCAAUUUAAUGGUACUGUACGUCUGGUACUAAUGGUACUAUUUUUUAAAUGAUUCAUGCUUAUUUUUAAAAUUUAAGAACUUUUUAAAGAUUUUAUUUAAAAAACUUUUUUGGUACAAGGUGUACCACUUCAAUGGUACCAUUUAAACUAUAAUUUGGACUUUCAGGCUCUCUGCAUCGCCAACGUUUUCCAACGCCGCGAAAUCCCUCAAGGCGUGAAAACCGACCGCCACUUACAAAUGGACUCACCUCAACAUAAUGGCGAUGCUGAGAAGGGUGUUACAGUACACAUCCACGACCAAACCCCGCAAGUGGGUCCACACACGGUGGUUCACAAAGAAAUUCAAAUCCCACAACAAGUACGGUACAGCACGUUAGUACGAGGUGAUAAUUAA